UCUCUCAUUGACUUCUCAACCCCGGCGUGUUCCCGGAAGUAUCGCGAUGGUGCGCCUCUGGGUUUAGAAACUCUGUGCUAAAAGCAUCUAUCACUACCGAACCAGGGAAGAAAAAGAAGAGAGGAGAGAAAGGGAAGCGAACGCGCAAAUACAUGCAUACAAUGAUAGCAGAAAUUGGUGCCGCCGACAAUCCCAAGGCCAGCUAUCCCUAUCCCCAAGCAGCUGUGAUCUCCCCGGACUCACCGGUUUCAUCCGCCCCGGACUACGGCGUCGGACAGCUGUUCAUACGUAGCGCCUCGUACAGGAGGGACACACAUACGUCCGCGGGGAGUAUCAACCCAGACGACAGCUCCGUCAAGCCGCUGGUAUCCUCCGCUAUUACAAACGGCUAUAUCAUGACCUCUGAGGAAUUCAUGCAGACCGCUCCCCUGUUCGGCCAGAGGUCCAAGAGAAACGUUCUCUACAAGAUUCUGUGUUUCCUCAUUCUGAUAUUCCAAGGAGGCAUUCUAGAUUUCUACCUCAUUAUCUUCACGGAUCUGUACUGGUGCUCGUGGAUCGCCACGGAUCUGGUGGUGAUUUCUGGCUGGGGGAUCUUCUUCAUGAAGAACGCCAGGAGCAAGAGAGAGCGGGCGUGUGGGUUCCACCAAAAGAACUCUAUAUUCGGCUGUAACCUCGGCGAGUUUACCUACGCCUACCUGGCCUGGUUAAUCUACGUGAUCGCCUGCACCCCUAAAAUAGUCCUCAUUCUAGAGACUUCGAUAUUAGAUCUCAUCGCCCUCAAAGUUCCGUUCGGUGUAACUGGAUUUAAGAUUAUCAUGUCGCUCUCGGUCCCGUUACUCUACUGUCUCAUCAAUUCUAUCACCGAUGACCAGAACGGAGCUACGCGCCACCGGUCCCAAAGCUGCUUCAUGACCACCUGUCUGGACCUGGUAGACUGCUUUACCCUGGUGGAGUUGUAUCUGAGGAACGAGAUACCGACGGUCUAUUUAAAAUACACGGUCAUCUCGGUGUAUUUUAUCGCCCUGGGCGUCCCGGUGGUGUGGUUGUACGAGUUGACCGCCUCCGAGAUGCGCUGUCGCUGGGUCUGGGCUAGGUUCCUGACCGGUGUAUUGAUCAACGCUCCACUUCUGGUGGUGCGGUGCUUCCAGGUGUAUGUUCACAAGAUGCCCGUCUCAGUGUUCAUGUUCAAGAAUAUGUUCUUCUUGGCCUGUAAGUGUCUGGAGCUGAUAGAACAGUGUUUCACAGUGCGGGGAGUCAGGAGGUUCGGUGACGGACGCAACGCGGCGCAGUUCUCUCACUGUGUCUCAGAGAACGAUAUGUGUCCCCAUGGAUACGUUAACACCCUGGCCGUUACCACGCAGUCAUGAGGCCCGGCUUGGAUCUCACCCUGGCCGUCACUACCUCGACCUAAAACGGCCUGGAUUUUAUUUGAUCCCCCCUGGAGGGUGGAAGGCACAUGAGUGAUUGAUGCUGAAGGAAGAAUUUUGAGAACCAGGACAGGGAUACGCCCUAAAACGGCACCCUAUACCCUAUAUAGUGCACUACUUUUGACCAGGGUUCAUAGGGUUCUGAUCAAAAGGAGUGCACUAUAUAGGGAAUAGGGUGCCAAUGAGGAUGCACAGGUGUCAAUCAACGACAGCCUUAUUUUGACGAUUUUGUCAUUUAUUCAGAUGUCAGAAGAACAUUUGAUAACAACAGGUGCUACAGAAUCAUUAUGCAUCAACUACACCUGCUUAAGACCUGGCAGACCUGGCCAACCUGGCAGACAUGGCCGACCUGGCAGACCUGGCCAACCUGGCCAGACGGAUUCCUCUCAUGCCUUGUCGGGGGUAUCGUUGUGAAGUAGUGGUGGGGGUGGUGGUUGAUUAGUGGGGUUUGUGAAUUGAAAUCAUUGACUUGCACUUUGUAUUGUUGGGGGGGGGGAACUUUAGAAGAGUGAGAAUUGUUUUGUUGAUUUGAUUUGAAUGCGUUUCACAAAAGUGCAAGAAAGAUUGUCGUUUUGAAAUGGAAUCUUGGACAUGGUGUCGAUGUAAAGUCCUGUUUUACAUCGGUCAAGUCUUGUCUCCCAAUCUGUGAAACUUCCCAGUAGCAUUUCCUAAUCAAUGAAUAGAUGGAAACCGUGUGGUCAUUUAGAUACCUAAUUAGUGUGUAAUUGCGGUAUACGUAAUGAUUCCAAUGUUUAAUCAUGUCCUCUCAUUUUCUAAACUAUUUCGGGGGGGAAUAUUUCAUGUUAUCAAUAUAAAUCAAUUGAUAUUUCUUAAGAAUUUGAAAUCACUAUGUGUAUUUUACUGUAUGCUUUAAAGUACCACCACAAUAUGUCAUGAUGAUGAGACACAGAGCAGGCAGCCAUAGAGCAGGCAGCUAUAAAGCAGGCAGCCAUAGAGCAGGCAGAUAUAGAGCAGGCAGAUAUAGAGCAGGCAGCCAUAGAGCAGGCAGAUAUAGAGCAGGCAGCUAUAGAGCAGGCAGGCAUCUAUAGAGCAGGCAGAUAUAGAGCAGGCAGCCAUAGAGCAGACAGCCAUAGAGCAGGCAGAUAUAGAGCAGACAGCUAUAAAGCAGGCAGCUAUAGAGCAGGCAGCCAUAGAGCAGACAGCCAUAGAGCAGGCAGAUAUAGAGCAGGCAGCUAUAAAGCAGGCAGCUAUAGAGCAGGCAGCCAUAGAGCAGACAGCCAUAGAGCAGGCAGCUAUAGAGCAGGCAGCUAUAGAGCAGGCAGAUAUAGAGCAGGCAGCCAUAGAGCAGGCAGCCAUAGAGCAGGCAGCUAUAGAGCAGGCAGCUAUAGAGCAGGCAGCUAUAGAGCAGGUAGCUUUAGAGUAGGCAGACAUAGAGCAGGCAGCUAUAGAGCAGGCAGCUAUAGAGCAGGCAGCCAUAGAGCAGGCAGCUAUAGAGCAGACAGCUAUAGAGCAGGCAGAUAUAGAGCAGGCAGCCAUAGAGCAGGCAGCCAUAGAACAGGCAGCUAUAGAGCAGGCAGCUAUAAAGCAGGCAGCUAUAGAGCAGGUAGCUUUAGAGUAGGCAGAUAUAGAGCAGGCAGCUAUAGAGCAGGCAGCUAAAGAACAGGCAGCUAUAGAGCAGGCAGCUAUAGAGCAGGCAGCUAUAGAGCAGGCAGCUAAAGAACAGGCAGCUAUAGAGCAGGCAGCUAAAGAACAGGCAGCUAUAGAGCAGGCAGCUAAAGAGCAGGCAGCUAUAGAGCAGGCAGCUAAAGAACAGGCAGCUAUAGAGCAGGCAGCUAUAGAGCAGGCAGCUAAAGAACAGGCAGCUAUAGUGCAGGCAGCUAUAGAGAAACCUCUUCAUUAUACUAUUACUCUGUCUCUUUCUCGCUCUCUCGCUCUCUGUCUUUCACUGUAUCUCUUUCUGUCUCUCUCUCCUCAAGACAAGGCCUACCUCUUUGCAUCCAGGCAAUAUCAUCUGGACUGUCCAUCUGUCAACAUGUGUACUGACAGUCUUGACUGAUGGAAUGUCUACAGUGUCAGCCUUGCCAAUUUGUCACCAAGAAAUGAACGGAGCUUAAAAAAAAAGAGAAUAGUGGGUGUGAUAUAAAUGUGAUAACAUAAUGAGACAAUCUGCUCCAAGGUGCUAUGAAGGAAUGUGGAGCUGUGGAAUCAGAUGGGUGUGGCGUUGAUAUGUGAGGUGUUUGACAUCCUAUUGCUGGAACUCUGGAUGAAAAAGAAUAGAAACCACUGCUAUUAUUACCUAACAGAAGGCCCUUAUGUGGAUGAGAGAAAGAGGUCACGGUGAAAACCAAUAGAACAGGGUUGAGAGAAUGCAGGGUUACAGACAGAUUGGAGGAUAAACACGGUCAUACAUGUUGUCAUCCCAAAAUGUAGGUAACUUUUUCUCCUAUUUAUCUUCUCAUACAGUAAAAAAACACACCAAAAUGAUGUUUGAUAAAAAUGCCAAAUACAUAUUGGUAAUGACUGCAGUCUACAGAGCAGACACUAUUGUACAGUAUUUAACAUCAGACGACAUCUUGUAUUUACUGUGUUACAAAAAGUAGUCCAUUUAGUUUCCAGCGCCUCGGCCUCUGCUCCUUUAAAUAGAUCUGGGAUGUGAUAGAAUUCAUUCAACCUAAUGGUGAUCUGUGACAUUUCCUGUUCCUGUUUGUCCUUCACUUUUCUUUCUGAUAGGAAAAGAGUGAGCUGAAUAUAGCCCGAGUGCCAGUCUGUAUGUGCCAUCAUGCCAGCUCCUUGUUACUCAGCCUCAAUGCAUGCCAAGCUGUAUGUCUUGUAUGGAGUUGGCUAGAACACUGAUCUGAGACCAGGCUCAAUGCAUGCCAAGCUGUAUGUCUUGUAUGGAGUUGGCUAGAACACUGAUCUGAGACCAGGCUCAAUGCAUGCCAAGCUGUAUGUCUUGUAUGGAGUUGGCUAGAACACUGAUCUGAGGCCAGGCUAUGAUGAAUAUGCAGGUAGGUGAUGAAUAGGAAUGAAACAAUACUAAGAACUAAAUGUGCCUUUUGAGUGCAGUUUGAAGUGAACAGUGGAGGAUUGUUGAUGGGUUUCUUCAUGAAGUCUUGUGAACACGAGUUGUGGAAUAAAACUAUAUUUUAUAGCCUGGCCCCCGGAUCUGUUUAGAGAUGAUACAAGAUAGCCUGGCCCCCGGAUCUGUUUGUGCUCUCACCAUUGCUCAUUGUCAUGAGUUGUCAUAACAGCACAAUCAGACAGGUACCCAGGCUAGAUAAGACAGGUUGUAACAAAGUAUGUACUGACAAAACAAUGUGUUUUAUGUCCAGUAAUAGUAUAACUAGAUAACCUUCUACCUAUGUUGUUGUCCAGUAAUAGUAGAACUAGAUAACCUUCUACCUAUGUUGUUGUCCAGUAAUAGUAGAACUAGAUAACCUCCUACCUACGUUGUUGUCCAGUAAUCGGCCAAUAGAAGCCCUGGACCACCAAGGGCUUUCAUUCUUGGAUCUAGAAAACUGGUUUAAAGAAACAGAGACUAACUCUGACUGACUACAUUUGAUUUGUUGUUUAAAUGGAAUUUAUAUUUAACAGAUAGUACGCUUCUGUUCCCAGCAUGAACGUUUUCUAUGUUUUGUUGAACCCGUUAAAUGGGAUUUAUAUUUGGGGCUUGUGUCCACAGGGCUCUGGUCGAAAGUAGUGCACUAUGUAGGGAAUAGGGCUCUGGUCGAAAGUAGUGCACUAUGUAGGGAAUAGGGCUCUGGUCGAAAGUAGUGCACUAUGUAGGGAAUAGGGUGCCAUAUGGGACAAAAAUCUUGAUUCCCAAAUAGUGUACAGGAAAACAGAAACUGGUUAUUGUUUACAGAAAGCAAAUUCUACGUGUAGAAUGUUGUGUAUAUCUGAAAUAUGGACAUGAUCACUUUUAUUGUCCUGUACAAACUGAUAUAAGGAAGUGAUGUCAUAACUAAAUAUAUGGAUUAUGCUGUACAAA